GCGACACAGCAGACUAGUGUGUAGAUCGCGUAGGUCAGGCUGAUCAAUGACCAACAUGAAGUUUGACGAUAUUCUAUCACACAUUGGAGAGUUUGGUUUUUACCAAAAACGGUUGUACCUGCUGCUAUGUAUGCCCGCGAUCAGUGUGGGUUGUUACAUGAUGAUGUUGGUCAUUACUAUGGCUACACCUGAACACAGCAGGGGCAGAUUCAGCCGGUCUUAUCUGGUGUAUGUCCGCCAUGUCUGACCAUCCCUUGUAGGUGAUGCCAGAUCCCAGGGUAUGAAAACGAUACAUAUGCGAUACUUGGCGACACUCACAGGUUUUUAGUCAAUGUCAGCAUCCCAUUGGCAAGUGAAGACGAGGAUUUUCUGUAUGAGAAAUGCCACAUGUAUACAUGCAAUAAUGGAAAUUCUGCAGCUAACUGUCCCAUCCAAAAUAGAACUCGGGUCAAAUGCUCAAGCUGGGUGUACGACAAGGAAACGUUCCAUGAAACCUUUACCUCAAUGACAAACCUGGUCUGUGAUGAUGCUCUGAAGACGUCCCAUGCACAGAUGCUCUUCUACUUCGGCGUCCUUGUUGGGGAUCUCGGGUUUGGACUGGUUGCAGAUAUUAUUGGUCGUAAGAAGACACUGUACGUCACUUUUAUCAUCCUGCUGGGGUCGGCGUUCGGAGUCGCAUGGGCACCAAACUGGACCAGCUUCGUCAUCCUGGAGUUUGUCAUAGGAGCCUCCAAUCAUGGGGCCUUCAUCAUUUGCUGUGUUCUAGGUCUGGAAAUGGUUGGGCCUAGCAAACGUGUUUGGGCCGGAAUCCUAGUGCACGCAUUCUUCGCCCUUGGGCUGGUGUACCUUGUGGGUAUGGGCUACUUCCUGAGAAACUGGUUCUGGGUACAGAUUGCAGUAGCCACACCCUGCGCAUUCUUUCUUUCCUAUUGGUUUUUCAUUCCUGAGUCUCCACGCUGGCUGAUCAGUCAAGGGCGGUUCGGCGAGGCGGACAAGAUUAUUGAGAAGGCCGCCAGGGUAAACAAGAAACCGCUACCUCCAUCUUUAAUGAAGGUCAACAAGGAGGAGAAUGACACGGGCUCAGAUGGAAGAAUCUGGCAUCUCUUUUCUAACAGAGUGCUCCUUACAAGGACACUUAUAGUCUAUUUCAAUUGGGCUGUCGUCAGUAUGAUAUACUACGGAGUGACCAUGCACACUGGGAAUAUGAAUGGGGAUUUUUACCUCAACUUCUUUCUGUUAGCUGUUGUCGAGUUCCCCGCGUACUUUAUUUCGAUAGCACUCCUCGAUCGGUGGGGAAGGAAGAGGACUCACUGCGCAUGUAUGCUACUUGGUGGAAUCGCAUGCAUCUCUACGAUAUUUCCGGUUAUUUUUGGCGGUCCAGAUUUGCAGCCCCUUACACUGGCCCUUGCCAUAGUAGGUAAAAUAGGAGCGGCAGGAGCAUUUGGUGUAAUCUAUAUUUUCUCAGCUGAACUGUUCCCAACAGUUGUCAGGAACGCCGGAAUGGGUAGCAGUUCCUGUGUGGCACGUAUCGGAGGCAUGCUCGCGCCAUAUGUAGCUUCUUCAGGUGACCUGGUGGGCGGGAAGUUCGGGAAGGCCUUACCUUUGGUGAUAUUUGGAGCGUUUUCGGUAGCUGCUGGACUGAUGUGUUUACUUCUACCAGAAACAUUGCAUAAAAAACUUCCCGAGACAAUUGAGGAUGGUGUCAACUUCGACAAGGGAAGCAAGAAAACGUUAUACGAAAAAAACUGAUCAUUUUCUACCAUUAUGUACAGCAUUGUUUUAAUUAUACAUGUAUUCAUCUUUUAAUAAAUAUAUGGAAUAUAAAAAGAACCAACCUAUUUCAGUAAAACUGCUAGUCUACGGUCAACUAUACAAACUCAAAUCUCAAUAAUAACAACCAUAUAACCAUAUGUUAUGAUAAAUGCUACUUGCCAACAAGUUAAUUGAACAAAAUAGUGCUGCAUAUCAAAGUUUACUUGGUCAGUAUUACUGUUAAAUACUCACAUAUGCAAGGUUCGGAAUAAUUUCAAAAAAUGAUAAUUAGACCAAACAUUCCUAAUUGGUAAGCAUGUAUGUCUUUUCAUAGCGUCAAAAAAGUCAACUUAUCAAAAUAAGUUAUAAAAAAGUUCACAUAAUACAAGAAGUCUAUCACUAUACUUCCAUACAUUACAAUUAUAAGCCCAACUGUCAAAUUAAACGUCCCAUCAUUUAUCUCUUCCGUUUGUCAAAACCAUUACAAUCCUAAGAAUA